UUUUCGUCGUUUUUCGUUUUUUCCCUUUUUUUUUAUUAUACGAUAAAAUGCUUCGUUCAGCUUCUCGUUUAUUCGCUACUAAGCGUGUGGCCGCUUUCACUCCUAUGCGUGCUUUGUCUACCAGCAUGCCCCGUUUCUCUGACAAGUUGACCAUCACCUUGCCUGAAACUUCCUUUGAAACCUACAACUGUGAAAAGCCUAGCUUAGAAGUUGAAGUCAGCAAGGAAGAACUACUUGACAUGUACAACAAAAUGACUGUCAUGAGACGUAUGGAAAUGGUUGCUGAUGGUCUUUACAAGGCCAAGAAAAUUCGUGGUUUCUGUCACUUAUGUAACGGUCAGGAAGCUGUCUCUGUUGGUAUGGAAGCUGCUAUCACCAACAAGGACCAUGUGAUCACUGCCUACAGAUGUCACGGUUUCACCUACCUUCGUGGUGGUACUGUUGAAAGCAUUUUGGCUGAAUUGAUGGGCCGUAGCACUGGUAUCUCCAAGGGUAAGGGUGGUUCUAUGCACAUGUUUGCCGAAUCCUUCUAUGGUGGUAACGGUAUUGUUGGUGCUCAAGUUCCUCUUGGUGCCGGUGUUGCUUUCAGUCAAAAAUACUUGGGUAACCCCUCUGUCACCUUUGCUCUUUACGGUGAUGGUGCUUCCAACCAAGGUCAAGUAUUCGAAGCUUUCAACAUGGCUAAGCUUUGGGACCUCCCUUGUGUCUUUGUCUGUGAAAACAACAAGUACGGUAUGGGUACUCCUGCUAGCCGUUCUUCUGCUUCCACCGAGUACUUCAAGCGUGGUGACUACAUUCCUGGUCUCAAGGUCAAUGGUAUGGAUGUCCUCUCUGUCUUGAAGGCUUGUCAAUAUGCCAAGGAAUGGACUACCUCUGGUAAGGGUCCUCUUGUCAUGGAAUUGGCCACUUACCGUUACGGUGGUCACUCCAUGUCUGAUCCCGGUACCACUUACCGUACUCGUGAAGAAAUCCAACACAUGCGUUCUACUUCUGAUCCUAUCACUGGUUUGAAGGCUAUCUUGAUCGACAACGGUGUUGCUACUGAAGCUGAAUUGAAGAACAUGGACAAGGAAGCUCGUAAGCUUGUUGAUGAAGCUGCCAAAAAGGCUGAAGCUGCUCCUGAACCUUCUCUUUCUGAAUUCCACACCAACAUUUACAUCCCUGGCAGUGAACCCGCUGUUGUCCGUGGUCGUGAACCCAACGAAGUCUAUCACUAUUAAAGAAUGCCAAAAAAGAAUUUAGGAGGGGUGUACAUUGUAUAGAUUUAUUAUAAACAAUUAAAAUGCUUUCUUUUUUAUAUUGCAUAAUACAAAUACACCACCCACAUUUAUAUUAUUAUCUCUUCUAUUUAAUCUUUUUUUUUUUACACAUUAAAAAAAUACCAAUAUUUCUUGCUGCUUUUGUAGUUAUCUUGAAAAAUCAGGGACACAACCAGCAUAAUUAUUUACGUAAUUAGUAAACUUUAAUCUCAUACUGUGCUGCGGAUAUUUCCUUUUUAUUUAUGAGUG